UAGGCGGCGGUAUUGAUCUGAUCUGCUUACUGUGAUUCUGUACCGUCUUCACGGAGAAGAUGAGUCUCUAAACUCUCAUAAUGGCGAGACUAUUACACUCUUUCUUCGUGUUUUAUUCCAUAUUUUUUAUUAUUAUACUUGUAAAAGAAGAAACUCUCUGUGCUGUAGUAUUUCAGCCUAAGUUUAUUCUGGCAUCUGGUCCGAAAAUAUCAGCAUUUCUGGUUGGAAACAUCUCUGGUGUUUCUUUGACACUCAAUUCUGUUUCAGCAUCAGAUACAACAGGUAGCCUUCCGCCAUCAUCCUGUAUUCCAGUUUCUCAAACACAGUGGAGUCUUUCAUCCGAGUUCAUUGGAAAGAACGCCCUUUUGGUGCGACUGAGUCUGAAUCGCAGUCUGCAGCUGUGUGGGAAUGAAACAUCUCAGGAUUGCUGCCUGGAGUCUGUGUGUGUGCAGGAGACGCUCCAUGUGUCUGCAUGUGUAGAUGAAACACCCAAAUCCUCACUCGUCAUACAGACCCAGAUUUACGCCCAGAUCAAUCCCGCCAAACCACCAUCUGAAAAUCAAACCGUCAUUCCUAACCAAGCGUUCCAGCCUCUUGGUCGCUGCCCGUGUGAUGUUACUCCAGAUGUGUGUGACAUACGCUGCUGCUGUGACCAGAACUGCACCCAAGAGAUGCUGGGACUGUUUUCGAAUAACUGUCUUCCUGGACCUUUUGGGGGAAGUUUUAGCCCUGUUCCCGAUUAUCAGUGCUCUGUCCAGUCCUCAGAAAAUGACCCAGACUGGUUCCCCUUCCUCUGUGUUAUCUCACCGUCUGACAACAACCCUUUUCUAGGACUUUUUUACAACGGAGGGACGAGGUCUCCAAAGCCUAGCCCUUCAUUUCAACCCCAACAAAUGACAGCUCCUGUACCUCCCAUUAACUACCGUCAGGGGGAUCCAAUCGUCACCAUAGACGAUGGGUACCUUACCAUUCCACAGAACUCUGGACUGGGUCAUUGUGUGGAUAAUGCUCCUGUGGCGUUUUUGGCAAACUUUGAGGCUCGGUGUGUAAGGAUGUUGCAGAUCUGUCCAUCACAGUCAGACAACAUAAGGGUCAAGGUUAAAGAUGGACAAGGAGGUGUGGUAACAGUCAAUGUGGUGGAUGAGAUGGCCAAUGAUCUCAAUUUAUCUCAGCCAAUUUCUGAAUCACAAGUUUCAGAUGAACAAUGUGUUCUUGUUCUGGCCUUGAAUUACACUUUUUACUGGAGAGAAAAUGGCCUUACUGGGAUCACUGUGUUACGGACCACUGCAAACAUCUCUCUCGGUGCUCCUGUAUAUUUCACAAGCAGAUACUCGGCUGUGUUCGUAAAUGGAAAUGAAUCAUCUCAGCCAAACUCUGGCAAUCCAGGUUAUCAGGUUAGGAGACCGGUGCUUGGUGGGAUUCUGAACUCUGAUACAGGAGUUAUACAGAGAGCGCAGAUUAACCUGUGGCAACCAGGUGGAGAUGGCCUGUGCGCUUCUGCUGACCUGAGACCAGUUCUGUUCGGAAUCAACUCUACAUCCGGCUGUCUGAUUCCUGUGAGUUUGUUGAACCUGACGCAAUGCAGUCAGCUCAGAGAAACUAUGCGUGCUGUGUUGGGUGGAUUAGUGACUUCUACACUGGUCUCCAGAACAGGAAAGCCAGCCUUUACUAACAUAACAAACUGGAUAAACAUUACUACUUUACUGCAGAACUCCAGUCAGCCAGCAGAGGGCAGCAGUGGAGCGUGUUCGGCUCUUCCAACCCACCUCCAUAUCCACAUCAGAUCUCUCAUCAAGGGUUUUGUGCAGGGUGUACCUCAAAAGAUCAUUCAUGCAGUGGAGAUCAGUUUCAGAGAAACAACAUGGAGGAUAGAGUGUGAUACGGAUGGUUUGAACCCAUGUUCAGACCCAGAGGUGAUGCAAAAUUUUCCCAUCACCUCAUCGGUGGUCUUUACUGAAUCUGAAAGUGCCCAGGCCCCUAGAUCCAGGUUCAGUAUUAACUUCACAGAGUUUGACUGUGACAGGAACGAUGUGUGCUGGCCAGAAUUGGCAUUCCCUCUUACAAAAUACUACACCGGUGAGCCGUAUUCCCAGGCUUUGGCUAAGGGACUCAUUCUAGUCUUUUUCUUCAUAGUUGCAUCUGUUUUAGGAACGCCAUGGAGACAAAUCAGGCAGGCUUGGAAUAAUGCUUCACUGUGACAGACAGACAGAUAGACAGAAGUAGAAUAAGUGUUAACAGUCGAAAUUGUGUUUUGUUAUAACCACAGGCUUAAUGGGACGGACCAAUAAGUUUUUGUUUGUGGUUUUCAGAUCAGCUAGCAGAGUUUAUGAGAGAAUUAUUUGAUACUGGAUAGUAAAUGGCUUUAAAAGUUUAAGUAAUUUAUUCUUUUGACUUUCUAAUGGUUAAUGUCAUGAAAUAUGUAUGAUGUUUUGUAAAAACAGUUUGUAUAUUUUUUAUUGCACUGUGAAUAAUAAAAAUGCAUAUUUUUAUACGAAA